CUUAAAUCCAUCUUUAAUUCAGUCACUAACCAAAUCAGCUAUUUUGAUCAUGAUUGAUAAAGACUUGGAAACCGCUUUGCUUCAAAUAAAAGCACAAAAGCAUUAUAAUAGUGAAAAGAAUCUACCAUGGAACAUUUUAUUAUUAAAAAUAGAACUGGAAUUACCAGCUUUAAUAACUCAAAAUUUCAAUAGACCCUUGACAACUUUUAUUGAAAAUCCUCUUUUGAACGAGCUUGAGCUGAUUCAACAAAUAAUUAAUAGAGUUAUAGCUUAUCUAAAAGACAUUUUUUAUUAUUCUCCUCCUUUUACAAUAUUCAGAAUCGCCGAAUUACUUUUAGAACCAAACAGAUAUUAUUCAAAUAGAUAUCCCGAAAAGUUUUUACGAGGUUUAGAAUCUUCAAUAUUUGUCAACUCUUCAAUAGAUGAUUUUCCCAAAAUUGAAUUCUCAAAACCAAAUUUGUUGACAAGAUCUAAUAUAAGUGACAGUAAUGAUGCAAGAAAACCAUCUGAAGAAAUUACAAAUUUUCUUCCUCUUGAUUUAAAAGACGUAACAAACGAUGAGCUACCAAAUUUAGUAAUGACCAAAAUACCUUGGAUUACGGAUAAACAUAUCAAGGAAAUAAACGAAGAAGAGGAAGAAGAGGAAAGAUUAAGUAGUGAAGAUGAAAUACUACAUGUUUACGAUGAGCAUAAUAAUUAUUUAGAUGAUGAAAAAAUUUCUUCUGAUCCGAUCAUGGUCAAAAACCCUGAAAGCAUAGAAGAUAUACCAAUUGAUCACGAAAUGAUUGAAAUCGGAUUUUCUUUAGACGAUAGUUUUGGUUUAUCUGAUUUGACUGGUCUUAAGACCAAAACAAAUAAUUCCAUUGCAUCUGAAGAUACUUUGCGUGAAAUCCAAACUACCUCAAAAAUAAGAAAUACAAAUUUAGAUAAAAAUGAUGAUGGUUUAACAAACUUAAAAAAUUCAACUAAUUUAGCUGAUUUAACUGAUUCAACUGGUUCAACAUACACAGAAGAGCCAAAAGAUAAUUUAAAACAAAAAUUGGAGGAUCAAGAAAUGAAAGAAGUUACAAAUUAA